UUUCCCCUUUAAGAUGAGGAGGAAGUGAACUUCAGGGGGUGUGGCCAGUUGACGGCGUCACGAGCAGCCUGUGAGUUGAAGCCAUGUCCUCUCCAGAGAUUGCCUCUCUCUCCUGGGGCCACAUGAAGGUGAAGGGAUGCUCCUCCAGGUACAAGGACUGUAAGGUCUGGCCUGGAGGCAGCCGGGCCUGGGACUGGAGAGAGACUGGGACUGACCAUUACCCAGGAGUACAACCUGCUGAUUUGGAGGAGGUGCUGAAGAUGGGAAUCGACCUGCUGGUAAUCGGCAGAGGGAUGAGUGAAGCUCUGCAGGUUCCCUCCACCACUCUGGACUUUGUGAAGCAGAAAGGUGUGGACGUCAGAGUCUUGCAGACGGAGAGGGCCGUCGCUGAAUACAACAAGCUUGUUGGCCAGGGUGCCAAGGUGGGCGGAGUCUUUCACUCCACCUGUUAAUGACGUGUCCUGCGCCGGAUGACCGUCAGGAGAUGGAGGCACCGUGUUCCACCGUCUGGUUUGAACCGGUGGUUUCCUCUGCCAGAUCUCAGCUUGUCUCAUGGCUUCAGAUCACUGUGAAACAUUUCUAAUCUUAAAGUGGGCCAGUCCUCAGGUUGUGUUUGCUGCGCUGUAGAAGAUCACUGGCAACUUAAGAAAUAAUACCAAGAUUAUAAAUCAGUGAACUCUUCUCACUUUUCUAUUUUUGACUCUGGAUGAAGAAAAUCUUUCGACAGAGAAAUUCAGUUUGUGGAUGUUAUUUUAAAUUUGAAAACAUUUGACCUUCUGUGUAAAGACUUUACAUUCACGUUUUAAGUUGAUGAAUGUUCAGAACAGUUUUCAUGAGAUGAGAGUUUGUCUGCUUGUUUGCUACAGAUAAUAAAAUUAGAAAAUGAAUCUCC